AUGCCAUUUUCCCCCCGGAUCGGAAAUGGGAUAAGUGAAAUCUUGACUAGCGUUGGCGGCACCCUUUGUUGACGACUCUCCUUCUGACUCUGUAACCGGUUGCCGGGCAUAUGUAACUAACAGAUUCUCGACUGAUCGGCGGAUCCUUCUGAACCAGUCAUAUGCUUCUGACCUUGGAGACUUUCCGGGUCGUCGCAUUCCCUAUCCGAGUCAGCUAGCCCAUGAUCUAAGGGAUGCGGUCUAUCCUAAUUUGCCUGCUGCUGAAUACGGCAACCCAGUCUAUUGCCACCGCCCGACCGACUGUUCGGCAAGAUUCGAGCGUGACCGUUCUCUCGGCUUCUCAGAUAUCUGAAUGGACUAUUCCAGCUUACCUAGCAUCGGCAGCGUAUUGUCCUGGGAAUACUAUUCAGAGCUGGAACUGUGGACCUGCCUGCGGUAAUGUCUCAGAGCCCAAUGGUAUAGUGACAGGUGGUGACGGCGACUUUGUUCAACGAUGGUUCGUAGCGCAGACGUCGGACGGUACGACCGUCUUAUCCAUCUCCGGGACCAACACUUCGUCCAUCGAAUCCAUCGGAAUCGAUAUUGAUUUCCCACUCGUCGAGGUGGAUGAGACAUUCUUCCCCGAUUCUACCGGAGUCGAACUCCAUCAAGGCUUUUAUGGCGCUUUCAAACGUAUUCAAGGUGGCAUACUUGCUGGCGUAGUCGCUCAAGCAAGACAAGGGGAUAUCCUCGUCGUCGGUCAUUCGCUCGGUGCCGCAUUGACUCAGAUCACAGCCACGUACCUCCAGAAACAAUUUCCUGCCCGAGUCGUCACCGCCAAGUCCUUCGCACCUCCUCGAAGCGGGAACAAAGCUUGGGCAGACUACGUCGAUGUGACGCUAGGGAGCAAUACCGGACACAUGAUCAAUUAUGCUGAUGACGUACCGCAUCUACCGCCAAGACCAUGGCACUUCCAACAUGCAAGCGGAGAGAUUUGGAUCCUCAAGGACGGGACGACCUAUGAGGCGUGUGGCGGUCGGGAGAAUCCUGUGAGUUUGUAGAUGCCGUGUACAGUAGGGACAGAGGCUAAAAGAUUCUUGGCAUCCUUUGCUCCCUCAGGCAUGUGCUGACAGCCUUGAUACUCCUAUCGGGGAGCUGGCUCUGGUCGAGUCCUUCAUUGAUGACUUUGAUUUGAAAGAGCAUCUGGGUCCUUAUGCCGGCGUCAUAAUCACGUCUGCAGAUUGUGCGAG